AUGUAUCUGCAACACCCAGACUACUCGCAGUGCCUCCCAGGCACCGCAACAGCCUCACCAACAAAGACGACGUCGUCAGCGAGCAGCAGCGGCACGGGCACGCCCACGUCCACGGGCACAGUGCCGGGCAACUCCGUCUGCGCGGGAUCGCGCACCAAGUUCAAGUUCUUCGGCGUGAGCGAGUCGGGCGCCGAGUUCGGGGGCACCGCGUGGCCUGGUGUCCUUGGAAAAGACUACACGUGGCCUAGCCCGAGCUCGAUCGAUUACUUUGUAGGACAGGGAUUCAACACGUUCCGCGUACCCUUCCUCGUCGAGCGCAUGAACCCGCCCGCGAACGGGCUCGCAGGCGCAUUCGACCAGACGUACCUCAGCGGCUUGAAAACCAUUGUCAAUUAUAUCACGGGCAAGGGUGCAUUUGCCGUUAUCGACCCGCAUAACUACAUGAGGUACAACAACGCAAUCAUCACCAGCGUCUCCGACAUGGGGUUGUUUGCUAGCUUCACCACUUUCUGGACAAACCUCGCUGGUGAAUUCAAAUCGAACGCCAACGUCAUCUUCGAUAUCAUGAACGAGCCAUACGGUAUCGACGCUUCGACCGUCUUCACCCUGAACCAGGCAGCCGUCAACGCGAUCCGCGCAGCCGGCGCAACCCAACAGCUCAUUCUCGUCGAAGGAACCGCAUGGACAGGCGCCUGGUCAUGGCAAUCCUCCGGCAACGCAGACGUCUUCGGCGCAAUCAAAGACCCAAACAACAAUGUCGCGAUCCAGAUGCACCAGUACCUCGACUCGGACAGCUCCGGGACAUCAGCCACCUGCGUCUCGUCGACGAUCGGCGCCGAGCGCUUGCAGGAGGCGACGCAGUGGCUGCAGGCGAAUGGGCUCAAGGGGCUGUUGGGGGAGAUUGGCGCGGGCUCGAAUGCGCAGUGUAUUAGUGCUGUGCAGGGUGCGCUGUGUGCGAUGCAGGAGUCUGGUGUGUGGAUUGGUGCGCUUUGGUGGGCUGCUGGGCCGUGGUGGGGUGAUUACUUCCAAUCGAUUGAGCCGCCCAAUGGCGCUGCUAUCGCGCAGAUCCUGCCCCAGGCACUCAAGCCCUUCCUGUAA